AAUGACCCCACAGUGCUCAGUGGAGAACAUCCCGUUCAGGAGUUAUUAAUAGCUCGCCUUGCGUCACCCAACUGCCGCGCUGCUAGACACGCCACGGAGCCUCCAUGUGUGCCAGCCACGCAUUUUCUUGCAAGAAAACAUGCUUAUAAAACAGGCAGUCAUCUGGAAGUCAUGUGAUUGCCACCUGGGUUUGGCAUGGACUUCACACCAGAGGAUGACCCUUCCUGACACAACGCCGCCAUUUGUCCAGCCUUGUGACCACCAGCACUGGGGAGGUCCCAGUGGAUGAGUGGCUGGGAAUCAAACAUGCAUGGACUGCAUAAAAGUGGCCGUCUCGUGGUGACCCUCGACCUCUGGCUGCAUCUCCGGCAUGGACAGCAUUAAGGGCCCCGCUAGUACCUUCAAGAGGACCUCCCUCAAACGCAGCACAUCGGGAUCUCAGAAGGCCCAGCGAGCUUGGAUCGAGAGGACGUUUCUGAAGAGAGAAUGUGUUCACAUCUUCCCUACCAAGGACCCCACCAGAUGUGCAUGUGGUCAGCUGACUACACAACACGUGGCCAUCCCGCCCGGCGCCAACUCUCUGGAGGAGGCUCACCAGCUAGUCCAGAUCGACACCCCGAAGGACAAAUGGAGCUUGAUCAAGCACACGAGGACAUACCCCACGGACGCCUUCGGUGUGAUCGAGUUCCAGGGCGGAGGGUUCAUCAACAAGGCCAUGUACAUCCGUGCCUCCUUCGACACAAAACCCGACAACCUGCUGCAUCUGAUGGUGAAGGACUGGCAGUUGGAGCUGCCCACCUUGCUCAUCUCCGUGCACGGGGGCCUCCAGAACUUCGACCUGCAGCCCAAACUCAAGCAGGUUUUCGGCAAAGGCCUGAUUAAAGCCGCCGUCACCACGGGCGCUUGGAUCUUCACUGGCGGGGUCAACACCGGUGUGAUCCGUCAUGUGGGAGACGCCUUAAAGGACCAUUCCUCCAAGUCCCGGGGGAAAGUGUGUGCAAUCGGCAUCGCCCCGUGGGGGAUCCUGGAAAACAAAGAGGACCUCAUCGGGAAGGACGUGACCAGACCCUACCAGACCAUGGCCAACCCUCUGAGCAAGCUGGCCGUGCUCAACAACAGCCACUCGCACUUCAUCCUGACCGACAACGGCACGUGCGGCAAGUACGGCUCCGAGGUCAAACUGCGGCGCCUGUUGGAGAAGCACAUCUCGCUGCAGAAGAUCAACACCCGUUUGGGCCAGGGCGUGCCGCUGGUGUGUCUGAUCGUGGAAGGAGGCCCGAACGUUAUCUCCAUCGCCUUGGAGAGUCUGAGAGACGAGCCUCCCAUUCCGGUGGUGGUGUGUGACGGCAGCGGGCGCGCCUCCGACAUCAUUUCCUUUGCACACAAGUUCUCCGAGGACGGAGGGCUGGUCAGUGACGACGUGCGAGACCAACUCCUGGUGACCAUUCAGAAGACCUUCAACUACAGCAAAAGCCAGUCGCAGCAAAUCCUGCUCAUGGUGAUGGAGUGCAUGAAGAAGAGGGAGCUGAUCACAGUUUUUCGAAUGGGCUCAGAAGGACAGCAGGAUAUCGAGAUGGCCAUUCUUACUGCCUUGCUAAAAGGCACCAACGCCUCAGCGGCCGACCAGCUCAGCUUGGCUCUGGCCUGGAACCGAGUGGACAUCGCUCGAAAUCACAUCUUUGUCUACGGACACAAUUUACCUCCUGCAGGCGCCAUCACCCACACCACCACCAUGGUGGCUCACACCCAGGAGAAGCAGAAGAGUCCUGCUAGUGCCCCUCGCAACAAGAACCGAGCCAAGAAGGGGAAGGGCAAAGGGAAGGCCAAGCCGGAACCUCCGGAGGAAACUGAUCCAAGGAAACUGGAGAUGAUUCGUUGGGUCAACUCCCUGGAACAAGGCAUGAUGGACGCUCUGGUGCUGGACAGAGUGGACUUUGUCAAGCUGCUCCUGGAGAAUGGCGUCAAUAUUCACCACUUCCUCACCAUUCCGAGACUCGAGGAGUUGUACAACACGAAACUUGGCCCUGCUAACACUCUGCAUGCUGUAGUCAGAGAUGUCAAAAAGGGCAACCUCCCCCCAGACUACCAGAUCACCCUGAUUGACAUCGGCCUGGUGCUGGAGUACCUGAUGGGCGGGGCUUACAGGAGCAAUUACACCAGGAAGGCUUUCCGCAACCUCUACAAUAACUUGUACGGACUUAAAAGGCCCAAAGCUCUGAAGCUGCUCGGCAUGGAGGACGACGAACCUCGGACCAAAGGCAAGAAGAAGGCCAAGAAGAAGAAGGAGGAAGAGGUGGAGAUCGACGUGGACGACCCGGAGGUGUGUCGCUUCAAGUACCCCUUCCACGAGCUGAUGCUGUGGGCCGUGCUGAUGAAGCGCCAGAAGAUGUCGCUCUUCCUCUGGCAGCGUGGCGAGGAGGCCAUGGCCAAGGCCCUGGUGGCCUGCAAGUUGUUCAAAGCCAUGGCCCACGAGUGCUCCGAGAGCGAGCUGGUGGACGACAUCUCCCAAGACCUGGAGAACAACUCCAAGGAGUUCGGCCAGCUGGCCUACGAGCUGCUGGACCAGUCGUACAAGCACGACGAGCAGGUGGCCAUGAAGCUGCUGACCUACGAGCUGGUCAACUGGAGCAACUCCACCUGUCUGAAGCUGGCCGUGGCCGCCAAGCAGCGAGACUUCAUCGCCCACACGUGCAGCCAGAUGUUGCUCACCGACAUGUGGAUGGGCUGCUUACGGAUCGGCAAGAACCCAGGCCUCAAGGUCAUUUUGGGAAUCAUCUUUCCUCCGCUGAUUCUGCUGCUGGAUUUCCGCAUUGGAGAUGAUGCGUCCUACAUUGCACCUGCAGGCAAAGAAGAGGGCAAAGACAAAGACGACGACAACAAAUCCAGCAAGGACCCAAACGAUGCAACUUCCCGCAAAGGCGACGAAGAGGAAGGCAGCGCCAAUGUCCGCAAAAUCCCCAUCGGCAAGAGGUUCUUUGAGUUUUAUGACGCCCCCUUCACCAAGUUCUGGUUCAACACUAUCUCCUACCUGGGCUACCUGAUGUUGUACAACUACAUCAUCCUGGUCAAGAUGGAGCGAUGGCCGUCCAUACAAGAGUGGACCGUCAUCGCUUACAUCCUCACCCUCGGCACUGAAAAAGUCCGACAGAUCCUGAUGUCCGAGCCCGGCAAGCUGAAGCAGAAGAUCAGCGUGUGGAUGGAGGAGUACUGGAACAUCACAGACAUGGUGGCCAUCGCCACCUUCCUCAUGGGGCUCAUGCUGAGGCUGCAGCACGAGCCCUACAUGGGCUACGGCAGAGUCAUCUACUGCAUCGACAUCAUCUUCUGGUACAUCCGCGUGCUGGACAUCUUUGGAGUCAACAAGUACCUGGGGCCUUACGUGAUGAUGAUAGGGAAGAUGAUGAUCGACAUGAUGUACUUUGUGGUCAUCAUGCUGGUGGUGCUGAUGAGCUUCGGGGUGGCCCGCCAAGCCAUCCUUCACCCCGAUGAGGAGCCAACAUGGCGCCUGGCCAGAAACAUCUUCUACAUGCCCUACUGGAUGAUCUAUGGAGAGGUUUUUGCGGACUCGAUAGACCGUAAGACUAGAAUUUAUAUCUACGCCAUGGAAAUAAACCCUCCGUGUGGAGAACAUUUAUACGACGAGGACGGAAAGAAGCUGCCUCCGUGCAUCCCCGGCGCCUGGCUCACGCCCGCCAUCAUGGCCUGUUACCUGCUGGUGGCCAACAUCCUCCUGGUCAACCUGCUCAUCGCCGUCUUCAACAACACCUUCUUCGAGGUCAAGUCCAUCUCCAACCAGGUGUGGAAGUUUCAGCGGUACCAGCUGAUCAUGACCUUCCACGACCGCCCCAUCCUGCCGCCGCCGCUCAUCAUCCUGAGCCACCUCUACAUCCUCUUCAGCAGGCUCUUCCGGCGCUGCGCCCGCAAGAAGCAAGACGGCGAGCUGGACGAGAAGGACCGCGGUCUCAAGCUUCGACUGAAUCCCGAGGAGCUAAAGAACCUCUACGAGUUUGAAGAACAGUGUGUGGAGGAAUACUUCCGGGAAAAAGAGGACGAGCAGCAGUCCUCCAGUGACGAACGCAUCAAGGUGACGUCAGAAAGAGUGGAGAACAUGUCCAUGCGUCUGGAGGAGGUGAACGAGAGGGAGAACACCAUGAAGGCCUCCCUGCAGACGGUGGAUCUGCGCCUGGCCCAGCUGGAGGAGAUCCACGGUCGAAUGGCGGUGGCCUUGGAAAAACUGUCCGGAGUGGACCGCCUGGAGCUGACCAGGACUUACUCCCGCAACUCUUCAGUGUGCGACCCUUCCUCUCUGGUCCGCCAAGGGAGCAUCAACAGCGCCGACGGUUACAGCCUCUACCGCUUCCACAUGGACAUGGAGGAGUUCGCCUCCAAGCAGAAGGACGCCGAGGAGCCGGCGAAGAACGUCCUGGAACGACAGAAGAGUCUUCGCCAAGCGUCCAGCACCUGCGCUCUCAACGCCAAGGAGGGCGCCCAGACUUUAGAAGUGGGGAGCUUGAGUAGAACAAGACCUGGUUCUUGCGUGGACAUCCUUAUAUCUCCGUGUGAAGCCAAGCCGGUGUCCAGCCACGACACUUCAACCAACAAGGACGUCCGAGGAAGCUCGUUGGACAUAAUCGCCGACAAGAACCGACUGAAACCGUCCUCGCCCCCAAAAAGGACUAAAUCCCUGAGACACUAUCCAGCCGAGGACCAGUCCACCUCUCCUUUGACGAAGAAGCGGAGCAUGAGCACCAUCGUCAUCAGCCCUCCCGAUGAACCAGAGGAACCACCUGAGGCCAGCAAAAAACUCCUUCCUGAGAGCUCCGCCUCUCCGAAAAGGACAAAAUCUUUGAGACACGCCCCGGUCCAGACGUCCCCCCUCACCAAGAAGAGGACCAUGAGCAGCAUCGUCUACGCUCCAGCUGAGGCGGACGAUGACGUUCUCCACGCUCAAGACUACACGUCCCUGGUGGAGCAGGUGGCCAAGACGCCAAACCAGUGGCCGGCCAACCUGGAGUACAAAGUCCACGCCGGCGACGUGGGUCACGCGCCCAAAGUGUCCACGGUCAGGACCGCCAUCCAACAGUUCCACGCUUCCACAGACGGCGCAGAACUCGCAAGGAGCCAGGGCGGCGAGGGCGGUCCAACCGGGGGGGAGCUCGCGGGAGAGCAGACGAAGACGAAGGUGAGGAGAAACGUGUCGGACGGCGCUCGGUACCUGGCGGUGGAAGGGGACCGGUACCCGCCCACGCACAGGUCGCAGAGUUGCAACGCCACGGACAGGAAGGCGAGGAGCAGGAGAGCCUCCGGCAGCGAGAGAGACCUGGCGGACGCCUGCGAGAUGGAGGACGGCACAGCUGAGGAGAAAUGAGAGAGAAACCACCACAAUGGACGUCAUCUGGACCUCCACAGGUCACAGUCCAUAUAGUUACCUCCACUUACAGGAUCGUUCCCAUCACCUUGUGGUACCAGUACCACACCGCUCCACUUAAGCCAGGGGUCGGCAACCCAGAAUGUUGAAAAAGCCAUACUGGAGCAAAAAUACCCCCCAAAAAAAUUUGUCUGGAGCCGCAAAAAAUGUAAAGUCUUAUAUAAAUGUUAUAAUGAAGACAACACAUGAUAUAUGUGUCUAUAUUAGAUAUAUUAGCCUACUAUCAAAAUUACUUUAAAAGUCUUAUAUAAGUGUUAUAAUGAAGGCAACACAUGAUGUAAGUGUCUAUAUUAGCUAUAGAAGAUGUCAGGUUCAAACACUGAUGACAUCUAUUAAACAGACAAAGAAGCAAGGAAUCAAACAGAGACAGAAUUAAAUUGGGCUCAAUUGAGGAGAAACGUCUGGGCUGUACUCUUGUAGAUUGUACGCCUCCUCUUUUAUUUGGACAUUCCCUGAUUACAUGGCAACAGCUGUUUCCAAAGGGACGGGGGUCGUAAACAGCCGCCGCCUUUGGUUACAAAACAGUUCAAAGAAAAGGUCGUAAACAGCCGUUGCCCUCGGUCACAAAACAGUUCAAAGAAAAGGUCGCCUGGAGGCGGGGUCAGGCCCUGCCUCCUCUCCGCUUUGUAGAUCUCGGGCUAAUACAAAAUCUUCCUGUGGAUUACAAUACAUCAAAGAAACCGACGCCUGUGCUUCUAUGCACUGUAGUCCAACACGUUCAUGCAAGUACUCACAAGUUAGCAUCGCAGUAUGGAUUCAUUCUCAGUUCUGCUGUGACGUGACAAUAAUCGAUACACAACAAAUGACAACAUACAGUAAGCAUCAUUUAGUCUACAAAUGUACAAAAGUCUACACAACACAAACACAAUCAGUGCUGGGACUUGAUGCUCAGCUCUCUCACUCCAAUUAGUCCAUUUGGCACGAGGUAUACAAAAGUGUCACCUAACCAUUCCAUCAGAUUCCUGGGGUGACCAUGCGAUUCAGAAUCAGUUCUUUAUUCAAGAUGAGACUUAAGUCAAACUGAUUCUCCAAAUGUAUUAUUUGGUAUAAUAAUUAUAAUGAAACUUUUCCAAAACAGGCUACAAAUCUCUUUCUGGUUCCAAGGAGAUGGCAUAAAACAUCUUCUUUUUUUUAAAUAAUUCUUAUAAAUAAAAAAAUAUAUAUUUUUAAAGGUAUAUUAUAUGGUAAAUAUCCACCCCUCCAUCCAUUUUUUACAGCUAUAUUUAAAUAUAAUAUAUGGUACAUAUAGUAUAAUAUAUUCACCACAUAUUAGGGGCGCACAAACACUUUUUAUUUAAUUAUUUGGUAUAAUAAUUAUAAUGAAACUUUUUCAAAACAGGUUAAAGGUUAGAAAAUCUCUUUCUGGUUGCUUGGAGAU